GGUGCACUGGAUCAAGCCCAGGUGGGCUGUAGGAGGCCUUAUCUCUGAAACAAUUGUACUCACAGUUCAAAGGUCACCUUUACGUAGCUGACUAAUAUGAGAGUAGUGCGGCAGAGUCUCUCCUGCUGUGCAGUUCACAAGUGGAAAUGUGGUGCUGAGGGCAGUCACAUCACCGGCACCUCGUGAGCUGACCGUGAGCCAAAGAGCCCCAGUGACCAGCUCUGGCCGUCCUGACAAGCAGCUGGAUACGGGAAAAGUAAAUUCACAAUGAACUGCCUUCUUCAGUUCUUCUUUACUCCACUCCCCACUCCUGCCAUUGUUGCCCUCUUCUCCUUUGGAGCUUUGGUCUUAUUGUGGCUACUCACCCAACCCAAGCCAGUGCGACCGCCUGUGGACCUCCAGAGACAAUCCGUAGGAACGAAGGAUGGUGCAAGGAGAAGUGCACUGCUGAAGAGUGACAGCCUAAUGGCGUACUACUACGAUGAUGCCAGGACGUUGUACGAAGUUUUCCAGAGAGGACUGCAUGUAUCCGGCAAUGGCCCUUGUUUGGGUUACAGGAAGCCCAAGCAGCCUUACCAGUGGUUGACAUACAAGCAGGUAUCAAACAAAGCAGAAUUUCUGGGAUCUGCACUUUUACAUCGAGGACUGAAGCCAGCUGCAAACCAAUUCAUUGGCAUCUUCGCCCAGAAUAGACCAGAGUGGAUUAUUUCAGAGCUCGCAUGUUACACCUACUCCAUGGUGGCUGUUCCCCUGUACGACACUUUGGGACCUGAAGCUCUGGUGUUUAUAAUUAAAAAAGCCGAGAUUUCCACUGUGAUCUGUGACAAGCCUGAUAAAGCCGAAAUUCUUUUGUCAAACAGUGAGAAAGGCCUGACUCCUGUGCUCAACACCAUCAUUCUGAUGGAUUCGUUUGAAUCAGAACUGAAGGAACGAGGAGCAAAGUGCAGCGUGGAAAUCUUGUCAAUGCAGGAAACAGAGGAACUAGGGAAGAACAACUUAAGAAAACCAAUUCCCCCAAAACCAGAAGACCUUAGUAUUGUAUGUUUCACAAGUGGCACCACAGGAGACCCUAAAGGAGCCAUGCUAACACAUGAAAAUGUCGUUGCAGAUGCAGCCGGUUUCAUUAAAAGCCUUGAGAGCACAUUCUCCCCAGUUCCGGAUGAUGUCACUAUCUCCUACCUACCCCUGGCACAUAUGUUUGAAAGAGUAGUCCAGACUGUGUUAUACAGCAAUGGAGCAAGGGUGGGAUUUUUCCAAGGAGAUGUCCGGCUGUUGACAGAUGACAUGAAGGCUCUGAAGCCAACAGUGUUCCCUGUGGUUCCUCGAAUUCUCAACAGGGUAUAUGACAAGAUACAAAGUGGAGCCCAAACUCCUUUUCAAAAGAGGAUUCUCAACUUUGCUGCCAGGAUGAAACAUGCAGAGGUCAAGAAGGGAAUAAUCAGAAACAACAGCAUAUGGGAUAAAUUGAUCUUCCAAAAAGUGCAGCUCACCAUGGGUGGAUGUGUUCGAGUGAUGGUCACUGGGGCAGCUCCAAUCUCACCACCAGUUCUCAGCUUCCUCAGAGCUGCUCUAGGAUGCCAGAUUUUUGAGGCAUAUGGCCAGACCGAAUGCACUGCUGGUUGUACUUUUACAAUGGCAGGAGAUUGGACAGCUGGACAUGUUGGGGUUCCAAUCUCAUGCAACAUUGUAAAGCUAGUUGAUGUGGAAGAGAUGAACUAUUUUGCUUCAAACGGAGAAGGAGAGGUCUGCAUUAAAGGCAAAAACGUGUUCAUUGGCUAUCUGAAAGAUCAGGAGAAAACUUCAGAGGCUCUGGAUGAAGAUGGUUGGCUGCAUACAGGAGACAUCGGGAAGUGGCUACCUAGCGGAACACUAAAAAUCAUUGACAGAAAAAAGAAUAUCUUCAAGCUAGCGCAAGGAGAGUACAUUGCCCCAGAAAAAAUUGAAAAUGUCUACAUAAGAAGUGGUCCUGUUGCUCAGGUCUUUGUACAUGGGGAAAGUUUGCAGUCCUGCCUGAUAGGUAUUGUGGUACCUGAUCCAGAAACGCUUCCUGAUUUUGCAGCCAAACUAGGAAUUCAAGGAAGUUAUGAAGAUCUCUGCAAGAAUGCAGAAGUUAAGAAAGCAAUACUUGAAGAUAUGCUCAAGCUGGGGAAAGCAGCAGGUUUAAAAACAUUUGAACAAGUUAAGGACUUGUAUAUUCAUCCAGAGCAAUUCACCAUUGAAAAUGGACUUUUGACACCAACUCUAAAAGCGAAGAGAGCAGAGCUGUCCAAAUUCUUCAAACUUCAAAUUGACAGCCUUUAUGCAAGUCUUCACUGAAAUCCUCAAAUCCACCCACCUUCUUGUAUACUCUACUGUGGAAAAGUUUAAAGUUUCUUCAUGUUUUCACUACACUGUGAAUUGUUUUACGAUGAACUAUAUAAGCAUUUUGUACCGAU